UAUAUAUAUUUCUUAUUCAGGUUUCCAGGAUGUACACGUAAUGAUUUUUGUUGGAUUUGGCUUUCUGAUGACCUUCUUGAAGAAGUAUGGAUUCAGCAGUGUUGGAUUUAAUUUACUCAUUGCUGCAUUUGGUCUUCAGUGGGGCACUCUGAUGCAAGGUUGGCUGCACCACUUAAAAGAUGGAAAAAUCAAAGUUGACAUUUUCAGCUUAAUUAAUGCAGACUUCAGCACAGCAACUGCCCUGAUUUCAUUUGGUGCUGUCUUGGGGAAGACCAGUCCAAUCCAACUGCUGAUUAUGACUCUUCUCGAGAUUACCAUAUUUGCUUGUAAUGAGCACUUGGUCACUUCAGUCCUGCAGGCCAAAGAUGUUGGUGCAUCGAUGACUAUUCAUGCUUUUGGUGCAUACUUUGGUCUUGCUGUCAGUCGUGUCCUCUACAGACCAGGAUUGCAAGGUGACCAUGAUAAAGAAGGAUCUGUGUAUCACUCGGACUUGUUUGCUAUGAUUGGUACUCUCUUCUUAUGGAUGUUUUGGCCAAGCUUCAAUUCUGCCAUUGUAGGAAACCCUGAUGGACAAUACAGAGCUAUUAUCAACACUUAUUUCUCACUGGCCGCAUGUGUACUCACUGCUUAUGCUGUGUCUAGCUUGGUCGAUAAGAAAGGAAAAUUGGACAUGGUCCACAUACAAAAUGCUACUCUGGCAGGUGGUGUAGCUGCUGGGACCUCUGCUGACAUGAUGAUCUACCCUUAUGGAAGUCUGUUGAUUGGAUUUACGGCUGGAAUAAUCUCCACAGUUGGAUUUAAAUAUCUGACAGUAGGUUCUGAUUUUUGCAUUAUUAAAUCUGUGAUUUCGUGAAAGUGUCUACUUUCACCUUGGUUUGGCACCAAUUGAUCAAGUUGAAGAUCUCUCCAUGUAUAAAGAAGAUCUCUCCAUGUAUAAAACCUAUUAUUAAACUCCUAUAUGUGAAUGAUCCAUGUUACAAUUCAUAAUAUAUGAUUUCAGCAAAAAUUGCAACUUGAUGUCCUCUUUUGAAAAACUUAUUAAAAUGCAAAUUUUAUGCAGAAAUUUGCUUGUAACAAAACAUGUUGGAAAAAUUUAACUGUAAUCAUAAUUGCUGAGAAUAACAUUUAGUUACCAUUAUUACAAGCCUGCUAAAUAAAUAAACACACCAAUUAAAUUA